ACCGACGACUCCCUCGGGGUCUCGUGUACGCAGCGUGGCCCUGGCCCUUCCUCUGCUCGCUCUCACGGCUUGUAAUCGGUACACUAUUUUUUUUUUUUUUGCUGUUUAUCUUUUCUUUUUCCCAACUCCGAGUCCCAGGUGUGGGCUCUGUUUCUCGUAUGUGGACGGAACGUAACUGAUAAUGUUCCCCCAGUCUGUCGCCUUGUCCUCAGCUUCUAGAUGGAGCGAACGAGAAGAAGCCUCAGGGAGAAGUGGGGAUGUUGACUCGUACGGAGCACCUUGUGUUCACAAGUGCCUAACGACUCCGCUCUCUUCCUCUUUCUCUUCCAACAAGCCGUACGGGGUACGGAUACAGCGUGCGGUGCCGGUACGCUUACUGCGUCUUGCCCUGUCUUGCGUUCCUCUCUAUCCAUGUGGGAAUGCGAACCUCAACAGCACAUCCAUCACCUCACCUCACAUUGCCUUUCCGUACCUUGCCUUAGCUGGCAGCGGGCCUUUUUACUCUGCUUCUGCGUCCGCACCUCGAAACCUGCUCCUCCCUCCAAGUACCAGCCCCAAGCUCCAAGCUCCAUCUCUCACUCUGACUCUCCCUGUCAGUUUGAUCCGUGGCUGCGUCGGUAAGCGACUCGACCGCCGGCACUCGCCUCUCUUUUUCGUCUCUUCUUCGGCCUUGACCAUUGGGUCGGGCUGGGGCGCAGAGAGUAGGUAUUCUCAGCCAGCUACCCGAGCCCUGGAAGGGUGGUACGGCCAGGCUAAGCUAACCGUCGCCGUUCGGUGGGUGUAGGGUGGUCAAAAUGGAAGGAAAGGGCAGCGACAAGAAUCGAGAAGGGGGGCGUGCCACGGGAGCAAUGGUGUCGAGGACCUCGUUGAACGUGGGCUUCGUUGUCGUUUCCCGGGGUCUAGUGUCGUUGCUUGAGGGGCGUGGGUAGAGUAGGGUAACACCAGGAAGAGAGGGGUCUGUUGUCCUUGACCAGGGUGGCCCAUGGCCUGAGUUCAAGCCCCAGUCUGUCGCGGUCGGUCUGUCGGCCUUUCAGAAGGAAUAUUCAACACACCGGGCCUACACACUCUGAAGCGGACGGACAACGUGGAGGAGCAGGCGUAAGGGCAAUGAUGGAUUCCCAUCUAGACAAUGUCCAGACUACGCAAGUAAACG